AAUCAUUUGAAAUGCCGUAGCGCUCGGAGGUGUACCGAACGAGAUUUUUCGUGUUCCGCGCGCGCAAUCGCAACUUCUCUCGCGUACAGCCGUGUGGGGUAUUACUGAAAACAAGCAGCAGGCAGCAAACCGCAACAGCAUCACCAACAAACAUCGCCGAAUGCACGGCCGAUGCGAGUGCAACAGUGCAAACCGCGGGUGUGAGUUUUCCGUGUUUGAAACCGCGCGGGUUUUCUUUGCGUAACAGUGUUAAGGCGGAUUGGAGAAUUUCUGUCACGGCCCAUCGAAUUGCCGCUGGUGAAUGGUGAAAAACUUUGCUAUUAAAUUGUUGUACCAAAAGAACCAUGGCAAAUGUUUAGGGAAAUAUAUAAACUAAAAACGGUGAACUUGUGAAUGUUCGUACGUGCGUGAGUGAAGGUAGUGCAACAGUUCGAAUAUCUAAUAUCAAUGCAAGUAUGUGUUGCGAUCUGCAAGAUAUUAUAAGAAUGCAUUUUUGUAGUGCAACUUUGAAUCUAAGUCUUACAUACAAACGUUAAAUUGGUGUAAAAAGCAAGUGAGGUAGUGAGUGUAUGUGUCCGAAUUCUGUACCGUAACAGACGUUUAAGACUAGUGAUACUGCUAGUGUAAAGUGAUAGCUAACAGCUCGAAAGUGGUAUUUAUAAUCGGGAAAAACAGGUGUUCAAGAGACAAGCGCUAUCAAGAACUUUAUAGUGGAGCGGCAAGCACUAGCAGCAUCGUUAGCAGCCGCAAUGCCAUCGGACACACCUCCACCAUCAGCAUCGGUGUCCCAUCCGUCACCAGCUUCGAGCCACGACCCGAACGAUUCCACGCACCGGGAACCGAACUCGAACGUUUCCCGGCAGGAGCCGGACCGUUCGUCCACCGGUACGCCGGGACCCUCCGAACAGGCGACCCAUCUGCAUCCACCGCACAGUACGUCGAGUUCGUCCUCGUCCAGCUCAUCAUCGUCAUCGUCCAGUACGUCCUCGUCGCUGUCAUCACUCUCGCUGAAACGUGCGCUAGUUCCCGAGGAGCAUACCACGAAACCUUCGCCACCACCAUCACCCCUAACGAUGGAGCAUCAUCUGCAGGCACACAAAGCUGCCCGGGCGGUUUCGAGUCCCGGUGGCCGUAACCAACAGCAAUCAGGUUCGAGCACAACUGCCGGUGCUGGCACUGGACAGCAGUUUUGUCUGCGCUGGAACAACUACCAAACGAAUCUGACGAGCGUGUUCGAUCAGCUGCUCCAGAGUGAGUCGUUCGUGGACGUUACGCUCGCCUGCGAUGGCCAGUCGAUGAAAGCCCACAAGAUGGUACUGUCCGCGUGCAGUCCCUACUUCCAGACGCUGUUCUUCGACAACCCUUGUCAGCAUCCGAUCGUGAUUAUGCGCGAUGUUAGCUGGGCCGAACUGAAGGCGAUCGUCGAGUUCAUGUACAAGGGUGAGAUCAACGUCAGUCAGGAUCAGAUUGGGCCACUGCUGAAGGUGGCCGAAAUGCUGAAGAUACGCGGACUGGCGGAUGUGAGUGGCGAUGCGGGUGAGUCCGGUGGUCGGGAUCGAUCCGAACGGGAAGGGGCCGAAAGUCGUGGUCCGGACGAUUUGGAUCGUGAAGAUCACAAACUACUAAAUCCGCUUGCGAUCGUACAUAGUUCACUGUUGGCCAACGGUGCCGGAAGUGUAACGGCUGGCACAGGAGGUACUGGAUCCGGGACUGGUGGAUCUGGCCCCGGUGGCAAUACAUCCGGAGCCGGUGGAAAUGGUUCCGGAAGCUCCGGGGGCAACAGCACGGCGACAAGUGGUAGUGCAGCUGCUGCAGCAGCGGCGGCAGCAGCCGCAGCUAAGAAACAGCGAUCGGCUCGUGAUCGCGACCCGACCAAAGAUCAUCGGAUGGAUGCACGCAUGAGUGAGUUCGCACGUGAUCUGUCCCGUGACCCGCAUAUAUCGUCGCGUGACAUUAGCAGUGUAGCGGCGGCAGCAGCGGCUGCUGCGGCAGCUGCCGGGCUUGCGGCCGGCGAGUGGCCGCUCGGUGCGGCUGGUUUGGAGGCGGCGGCAGCGGCCGCUGUUCAAGCCUCCACACCGAAGAGUGCCCGCAAACGGCGUUGGCCCUCGGGUGAGCGUAGCAGCAUCGGCAGUCCGGCGGACAGUACGCCCGAUCAGCUCGAGGUACCGUCUCCGAUUCCGCCCACACCGUCCAACAUUGCACAGUCGAGUGGUGGCGCGACGAGCAAUCCGCUUGCUUCGUUUCCGCUGCCACCGGCGCUCGAUUCGGCCGCCAUGGCCAUGUCAUCGCUGUCAUCGUCCAUUGCCAACCAUCCGGACGAUAUGGAGAUCAAGCCGGGCAUCGCUGAGAUGAUUCGCGAAGAAGAAAGGGCCAAACUGUUAGAAAACUCCCAAGCAUGGUUAGGCGCGUCUACGUCAUCAAUUGCUGCAGAAAGUUACCAAUAUCAGCUACAGUCCAUGUGGCAGAAAUGCUGGAACAGCCAGAAUCUGAUCCACCAUCUGCGCUUUCGUGAGCGAGGUCCACUAAAAUCCUGGCGCCCGGAAACGAUGGCGGAAGCGAUCUUUAGCGUGCUGAAGGAAGGACUGUCGCUGUCACAGGCGGCCCGCAAGUACGAUAUUCCGUAUCCAACGUUCGUCCUGUACGCGAACCGUGUCCACAAUAUGCUCGGACCAUCGAUCGACGGUGGUACCGAUCUGAGGCCGAAAGGACGCGGACGACCCCAGCGCAUCCUGCUCGGUAUUUGGCCCGACGAGCACAUCAAGGGUGUCAUCAAGAGUGUCGUCUUUCGCGAUGCCAAAGAGAUGAAGGAGGAACCCAUGAUGUACGGUAGACACUCUCCUUUUCCCUUUCAAGACAACCCCCUGAGCUACGCACCGACUGCACCGAACGGUCAGCUGCCAGCCACCACCGGUACGGUCCCGGACGGUAUGUCCCAGGACGCCCUGACAGCCGCCACGGUUGCGGCUGUCCGUCAGCAGAUGUGUAACAUGGUAGCCGCCGCCCAGCACCAUCCGGAUGCUGCCAAUCUCGUAGCGGCCGGGUUCAACCUACCGUCUCACUGUGGCACUCCACCGAAUCUAAGCAUCCAUCCGGCCGCUACGGCGGCCAAUGCAGCGGCUGCUGCGGCUGCCGCUGCUGCAGCUGCGGCCGCCGCAUCGAACCAGGGCAGUGGGCCUAACUCGGGUGGCGGUUCAAGCGGUGCCAUUCCUUUGCCGAAGAUGGGUUCCCCGGCCGUUCCGUCGACCGGCCACGGUAACAACAAUGGCGGAUCGGGCGGCAUACAGAUGCCACGGUUAGGAUCGCCGGCCGGUUCGAGCGGGUUGGCGAAGGAACACGAGCUACAGCACCAUGGCGGAGGUGGUCUCGGAGGUGGUGGAGGUAACAGUGGUGCGGGUGGCGGUUUAUCUCGUGCCACACCACCGGGUGCCCGGGAUCGUGCACUAACGGCACGAUCCAACCUCACCGCCAGUGAAUCGGGUCGCAGUAGUUCGGCCGGUGGUAACGUGCACAGGUCAUCACCUUCCAGCAGUACCGCUUCGUCUAUCAACCAUCACCACCAUCAGUCACAUCUUUCGCAUCAUCAUCACCAUCAGCACCACCAGCCACACCACGGACAUGGUCACCAUCUUCCGCACCACAAUCCACUGUCACAUCUGGUGAGUUCUGGUGGAUCCGGAGGUCUGAGCAUAACGAAGCUCGGAUCACCCGGAUCGGCGCAUGAUCUUCGCAUCAGCAAUAGCCCGGACGAGAGUCCACUUGCAUCACCGAUCGGGAUGGUACUGGAACCGGCCGUUAAUCUAGCACUCGGGGCAGGAUCUCAACCACCCGAGGAUGUACGUCUCCACGUUCCACCACCGUACGGCAGUAAACCACCGUCUCGGGGUGGUUCUACUGGAUACACUAGCAAUUCGUCCCCACCGCGACCGGAACACCUGUUCCAAGAUCAGGACAUUGCGGCACUGGUAGCAACGACACGCGCCUGUCCACCAUCUCGUGUGCCAGACUACAAGGACAGCCCGGUAAGGCCACCGGCAUCAAUCAAGGUGGAACCACUGACGGAGUGUCGGGGAGAUUAGGUUGUUUCACCAUCUCUGGAGCACGCUCAAUCAAACAAGACAACGCGCAUUACCCAAAACUAAACCGUCUGGCAGCACUGCGGGUGGAAGAAAAACAGAAGUACACUCAAUCGUAAUACGCACAGCCACAAAUACACACACAAACACACCCACUACUUGCUGGCUCCAUCUAUCGGUCGGUCUUUUAAGUUAGAGAAUUUUUAAUAUGUGAUAUACUUAAGCUGGAGCGUUCCAAACUCCGGGAUAACCGUCAAGCAUGGAACGAGAAAAGAAGUACCCACUGGUGACACUUUUCUUUUCUCGCAUAUUCCCCUUCCACAUGUAGCAUUAAAUGUAGGUGUGACUUAUAUAAAUAUAUAUAUAUAUAUAUAUAUAUAUGUAUACUACACAGUAUUUAUUUUGAACAGUUCCAAACGGAAACACAACUUACGAUGGCGAAAGCUUCCAACUGUGUGGUAAACUUAGAACGCGAAAUGGCAGGGCAGAAUAGAAUGGGAAAAGAGCCGUCGAGGAAGAGCGUAAAUAUUCGUGUGCAAUAACGUGAGUCGAGUGAAGUAUAACACAAGGGACAAACCUGUAUGCUUCGAAAGCGUUUGUAACAAGAGCCAGCAAAUGGAAUCUUACAUUCCACAUCACAGCAUCAAAUGAAGCGAACAGUAAACGGAGCAAACCAAAUCUACGAUACGUGACCGGCGGUUAAGCCCGAUGUAAAACCAACUUUCUAGGGGGAACUUAAGACUUAGAAAUAAUUCAACAAAAAUUCUGUCGUAACGUUACAACUUUCGGGAAAAAACGGUCAAAAGGCCACCAGCCCAAAAACUUUCGAGAUAAAUUCGCGUUUCGAAUGGAACUUCUAACUGACGUGUACAAAAGAAAACAAAAAAAGAAUUUCAAAGUUUUAAAGAAAUUAAUGCAUAAGCAAAUUUGCAAACGCGAUGCAAAAGGGGAAAAGAAAGCAUUAUUUUUACAAUGUCUCUAGUUGUGAAAAAAGUAACCAAAAGGGAAUAAACCGCUCGAAGUCCUUUUUUUUAAACAUAAAUCUUACACUGAUUGACUGAUUGGGUUCAAUUGAGUUGUCCUCUGCCCGACAGCCAAAUCGAACGACUAGUGAAUUUUGCCUUUCACCUGGUCGUAUGCAAAACUUCAUUUGCAGACAAACUUCUUCAGUGAGGCAAGAAGCGUUAGAAGAAUAUUUUGUAAAAUAGAGAAAAAGUGAAAAAUUUAUAAUGCCAAAACUUUCGGAUUUAAAGAAAAAAAAACGAUUCAAAACUAAAAUGUUAUCUUUACACGUUUCGGCACACAUUAUGAAUGGACGGAGAUGAAGACAAACUGAUAAAAUAUAGCAAAGGACAAAACAGAGUAAACAAAAGUACUAUACAAAUGAAAGGGGAGCGGGAAGAGAAAAACAAAUACAACCUUUUAGGCCUUUUAGAUUGUGAAUUUUCUGCUAGUGAGCUGAAGCAACCUCGAAACGGAAACGAAUACGUUUAAUUGAUUGAAAUUUUUGUUUCACUUCGUUUUAGUACCAGUUUUGUUUACACAAAUCGUGUGUUAAUACACAACAGACACGCGGCGCACUGUAAACAUGUGACAUUGAAUUCGUUGUGGUGGCAUGACAUUGGAGGGAAAAUGGCAAAAACACUGAACAUUGGUACAACACCAUCAGGCGCAGGGCAAGUUUUAGAAAACCGACCAAGCGUUAGGUACAAAAUAAGAAAACAAAUUGAAAAACCAAACAAAGGAAAAAGGAAGGAAACAAGAUGGCGAAAAUUGGUACAAUCGAGGAAAACAAUCGUUUCUUACACAGCGACACAACCAAAUGCUGCAAGAAUCACCACCGCAGAAGGGUAACGUACCGAGUGGUUGACCAAUUGUCAAGGUCAAACCAAAAGCUCCUCUUUCCAGGCGGACCUCUUUACUACCCCGAAGAAUCCUGCGGCAUCAUCCUUUCCCGCUAAAACAAACCCCUUUUUGGCAAAAACCCAUACAUUCAGGAAGCAACAUUUUAGGCAAAUUAAUGAGUAGAGAAAAUUUAUUAAAUACACUUAAAAGAAUGAAAAAACGCAAAACCUUUCGGCCUAUGUGUUCAAAAACGCGAACAAACUGUUUAGGAAGCUUGAAACAACUCAAGAGGAUAACAAAAUUUUAUGCAAAAUUUAACAAAAUUAUUACGAGAGAAAGAAGAAAGAAUACAAAAUUAUAGUAGGUGAAAGAAUAUAUUUAAAUUUGUGCAAUGCAAAGAGUAAAUAUAAACAUGUGAGCUAGGGAGAGAAAGGAGGAAGAAUAGAGCGACAUUAAUGAAAGGAGUAGCCUUGGAAAAGAGCGCAUUGGAGAAACGAAGCGAACAGAGAAAAGUGCCUUCCACUUCCUUUUUACGAAGCGUGUAAAAACAAAACAAAAGAGAGAAAAAAAACACAAAAAACAAAAAAGCUAACCAAACCGAAAAACGGUGAACUGAACGGAGGAAAACACAAACAAAAGGAAUACAAAACAAACCACAAAACGAAACGAGUGGCUGGUGUAGUUGUUAGUUUUAUAGUGAAACAAAAAAGAAAACGGAAAACAAACGUAUAAACGAAACGUUACAAAACUUUUUGGCAAAGGAUAAAUCUAUGUAUUCGAAAUUAAGUCAGAUAUAAGGUAUUCGUUUUUCUGUUGGUUGUUCAGUACACUUGGAGGGGUGACCAUUAGCCAGCGCGGAAACAAAAGCAAUGAGGAUCAAACACGUAACAGAAAAUAAAAACACUAGCUAAUAGCAAACUCUGGUACUCUGGUGGGAAAUGUAUUGCUAUUCGACAAAGUUUGCUUCAGUAACCGUUCAGAGCAAAAUUUUAAAGUCCGUCUUCAAGAACAGAUAACUUGCUUUCAGGAGUAUCAUUUUUUUUCUCAAGAAGUAAUUCAACGUAAAAGAAGUGUUUUAAAACCUAACACCAUAAGAACAGCGAGACUAACGCAUUUAUCACGAGGUCUGUUUGCUAUGUUUGGAACUGUUAGGCAGAAAAAGUAGCAAAGAAAGGAUGCAACUAUUUAAUUUAACAAAAACCCUGUUCAAAUUUCAACAUCAAAUUGCAUAAGGAGCUUACUGAAAAUGGCGAAGGGAAAAGAUUCAGUAAAAGCUUCCGGAGAAUCCGGUUACAGUAAAACAAAACUAUCGUACCUUCAAGGUACCUACUUAACGUGUGAACGAGUGAUACAAAAAAAGGUCUGUAAAAUAAAUUCCAACGUUCAUCGCUGACACUUACAUCUUAUUACGUUUGUACUAAGCGGGAAAUUUAGUUUACAUUCAUGCCGUACUGAGUCUUUAACGUGCUCUACACACAAGCUCUACUUUACAAUGGCGCUCCACUUGCGCGUCCCUGUUCUUUCCCAAUGUUGUUUUCAUCCACUGAGACAUAUGGGAAAGUAAAGCACGCGCAGCCAGCUGUUGGUGUGGUAUACGAAAAUAAAAAACCAAAAAUUAUCACAUAGGUAAAUACAUGAUUAAACAUGAGCUACACAGUCAAAGAAGCAAAUAGAUGGCAAAAGCAAACGAAAUACACAUAAAAACCGAACUCCACGAUAAAAAAAAACCCAUAGCCUAUAGUUUACGCGUUAUGUGAACCCGAAAUGAUCUCAAAGUAUAAAAAUUCAUGCUGUUGAACAAUCUCCCUUACUAGUUGGGUUUUGCUAUUCUGCGCCAAUAUGUUUGCCCCAUGCAAAUGCUACUAAAUGCUAAGCCAGUUCGAAAAUAGGCAGCUCGAAACAAACAGCAAACCAUUACCAUUACCAAACAAAUAAAGAAACAAAAUAAAACAAAUCAUCACAAUUGGAAGCAUCCGUUUUGGGCCAACAAUAUUAGCAAAAAAAUCAUAAAUGUAUGUGUAAAAUGGACUAGAACUACUUAAAACAAAACAGAUAGAAAAGGGAAAAGGAACAAGGGAAGCGAAUAAUACACAGCUGAAACCAUAACGCAAAACGUACUGUAGCUAUUAAGACAACAAAUGUCAGUGGAGAUGAAGUUGAAAAAACACACAAACACACAAAAACAAAGUGCAACAAACCGUCAAAUCUUACCAAGCGUCAGAUUGAGGCUAGUACAGGACCGAUCAUGAUUGUUGGAAAGGUAAAGAAAAUAAAUGUAGAUUGAAAUUUUUGCUAUCGACGAAGGAUUCAUUUACGCUCGUGGCAAAGUCUGGUGUACUAUAGAACUAUCAACAGCGUAGAAAGCAAUUCCCGUUCGCUGGAUUUGUUUGUGCGACUGGACAAUUCUUUUGUUUAUAGUUUAUCUGGUGACUUGUCAAAACUGUUUCACUGGCUAUUACUAAAAACCGACUACUACUGCUACUACUAACACAACUCAACCAGAGUGACAGAAACACUUAGUAAAAACCAACGCCAGUUGUAAACAAUAAUAUAAAAACAAAACAAAUACACUGCUAAGUGCAACGGAGCUGUAGUUGUAAUAGGAUUGUGUUUAGGUUAAUUUAAACAAAUUACCACUACUACACUACAAUAAACAAGCAAAGCUGCUAACGAGAGGCAACACGUGAAACGAUUCGGUUCGAUAACGUGCAAUUUAUAGUGAAACGUAAUAAUUUAAACAGUGUACAACCUUUUUGUUUUUUUUUUUGUUUCAAACGUCCUACUAAGGUUCCAUUGACGGCUACUGUCAGUCAGUCAUCCGACCUUUUUCCUAAUUCCUAAUCAAUGUACAAAGGUAGUUCUAAACCCGGUUCCACCAUCGUUCGAUGAUUGGAACAUUUGCUAGCAAUACUGCAAUUGUUUAUUGUAUAGUUUUUUCACACAUUUCCGUUUUUGUUUUAAUAUCGGACGAAAGAGAAAUAAAAGAUUCAUCGAAUUUUUGUUUCCCUCUUCAAAAAAGGUAGAAGGUGUACCAUUUAACGUACAGCUAACACUAGAGUCUUACCGGGGAUGGGGAUGGGAAACUUUAUGGAAGGACACUUUUAUCUGUAGAAGAGUUUAUUUAUUACACCAAGUUAAUUUGUUUCAGUGACGUUACACGGUAAUUGGCAAAUGUAUAGCCAAACAUAGCUAACAGAAUGGAUUAGAAGUUUCACAAAAAAAACCCGAAAAACUUAUAAACGAUCACAAUUUAACCACUAUCGACGGAUGGUAGCAAAAGAGAGAUGGUGUCAUCUCGAUAUCCCUAGGACAUUCGUCCUUUCCUGUGCGAUGGUGACCUAGCUUAAUGCUGAAAUUUAUUUAUGUGUCUGUUGAAUUUUAUUUUCUAUUGCCUAAGUUAUUAUGUAUUUUUUAUCGACUAACUUUUAAGCGCACAUUUUUAUUGCCUGAAAGCAGCAUUCAGAGUAGCGAUGUGGCGUGAGAAUAGGAGGUAUGCGUAACAAUGAAGUAUAAGAGGAAAUGAUGUAAAAGGAAGGAGAAAGAAUGAAAGCGAAUCGAACUGUUUUUCUCGAUGGGAAUGUAACUAUUUUUACCUUGCAAACAUUUACCCAAAAACUGUGCGGAUUGUUUAAAUUUUUUUUUUUUGCGCAUAAACGAAUGGAAUGGAAGAACGGUUCACCCCACCAACCGGGCGGACAGGUUAAGCAGCUAGUGCAGAAUCAACUAAUCGAUCAUUAGGUACGAACGCAACAGCACACAGAAACCACAAUCAAACAAACCAUCAAACAUUUCAUCAGUGCAGAAAGGCAAACAACACUUCCAACAGAAAUGGGAGAAAUGCAAUGUUGGCAAAAUCACACAGAAACAAACAAACAGUUUAUCAUAAUCAUUAGUUGGCUAUUUGUCACAGUGUACCAAUUUAUUCGAUAUAAAAUAUAGUUUAAAAAAUACAUGAAAUAUUGCAAA